UUAGUCAUACUCUCCUUGAUACUUCAUUCAGAUCACUGUCACUGGUAGGUGCUACUGCUAGCAGGCUUCAAAAAUGAAGAUGUCGACCUCCAUUUGUCUUUUCUCUUUUGCAAUAUUCAUGAUAAUCGGUGGUGCUGUGUCAGAGCAAACGCUGCGGCUCGUAAACGUGCUCUAUCGUCAUGGUGAUCGUUCUCCGGCUCAAACCUUUCCCACUGACCCCUAUCGGGAGGAUAGUUGGCCACAAGGAUGGGGUCAACUCUCAAAGCUUGGGAUGCAGAUGCAAUACGGUCUAGGCCAGUUCUUGGGAAAGAGAUACCAAGACACCGGAUUCCUAAACGCAAACUACACCCGAACUGAGAUCAAUAUCCGUAGCACUGACGUGGAUCGGUGUCUCAUGUCAGCGCAGAGCGAUCUGUCGGGACUCUACCAACCGUUGCCAGAGAUGCAGUUCAAUCCUAACAUAUCAUGGCAACCCAUCCCAGUACAUACCAAACCCAAAGAGAAUGAUUAUUUAUUGCGUACAGACGGCACAUCUUGCCCGUACUAUGACGAGUUGUAUGCUAAGGAGUUGGCGACUGCCCGCGUGAAACAGAUCAAUGAGGAAAAUAAGGAUUUCUUUCAGAAGCUCAAGAAAGACACUGGUGUUACUGAAGAUAUCACAGUGAAUACUGUGUAUACGAUAGAAGAUCCCCUCUUCUGUGAGCAAGCUCAUAACCGUACUCUCCCUACCUGGGCAUCCAAUGACGUCAUGCUCAAGCUGGAGAAUCUGACAAACAUCGGCAUGGCGAUGCUAUUCGGCACAAAGGAACUAGCCAGACUAAAAGGAGGUCCUCUAGUUGGAAAGAUGAUCUCAGACAUGGAGAAGAAGAGUAAGAACGUGACGGGUACUCCAAUCAAGUUCUUCAUGUAUUCAGCUCACGACACAACGCUAGCUGCUUUCAUGUCCGCGCUGGGAGUGUACAAUGGGAAACAGUCUCCAUAUGCGUCGGCUGUGGGCGUGGAAUUGUGGGAAGAUGACGCAACCAAAUCGUUCAACGUCAGCAUAUGGUUUAGGAACUCUACCACUCAGGAGGUACCCUACAAGCUGCACCUGAUGGACUGCUCUGAUAUGUGCGGCCUUGAGCGGUUCAAAGAACUCGUCCUUGACGUCAUACCUGGGAACGUGGAGGCUGAAUGCGGGGCAACGUUCAUGAAAAACUACACAAUACCUAUCUUGAUUGGAACUAGCCUCAUAGCGCUCAUCCUGGUUCUCAUAUUCGUCUACCUGGUCUGCAAAGGAAGACAUCAGGAAACAAAGCAAGGACACACGAGACUGCCGCAGGAUGUAGAAGCUUAGCGACGAUCUGCUACACCACAACAUUGUCUUGUGUAAAAUGUGUUUAAGUUUGUUCAAUGCCUAUAUAACCAAUCACUG